UUUCCAUCACGAUUAGAUUGAAACAGCACAUCUCAUGUUCAAUUUUGUCGUCUACCAACACAAAUGAUAACGCCGUUGACUCACAUUCGGCUUGCGCCGGAUAGUGCAGCGGCAAGGUCAAACCAGAUCUGCAUGACCUGCAGCCGCAGCUUCAACUCCCUCGUCCUUGAUAGCCCCAACGCCGGGGUUGACGCGGAGUAGGCCCUGGGAUUUUAUCUGGGUUUGGCAGUUACGCAACGUUUGCGGUGCUGUCUGCCUCAUUUCCUUCCUUAAGUGUGUGGUCCUGUGUGUUUCUGGUUUCACAGGGCUGUGUUCUCUGCUUAUAUUUAGAGCUCACUUGACCUACCCGGGAGUCCUGACAUGGCGCCGGCUAGCGUUUUCCAGGAAGAGAUGGAUGCUGCUGGUCAGCAGCAGACGCCUGCGGUCCCGGGCGUCCGUCUUCAAGGCCUGCCGGUUGAGAUUCUUGUCGAGAUUAUGUCCAACCUCGACUUUGAAUCCUUUGACAACAUGCUGCUGGUCAGCCGGCGGCUCAACUCGGUUGUCGAAGCGCAUUGGUCUUUUCUCCUCUGCGGUAUCGUCGAGAGGGAGUUUACCCCUGUUCAAGAUUUCUUUGACACGCUCUGGGGCGUGAAUCUGCCGGAGAUGAUGACUUGUUCUCAGCUGUUGACGGUCUGCAGCACGCUGAAUGGCUUCCAGCCGCUGCUGAACUUCUGCCGCGUCAUCAAACGCUGGGAGAUGGAGUUUCCCUCGCUCCGCUUCUCGAUACUUCCCCUGCACAGCAGAAGUCUUUCUCCCAACGAGCUCUGCCGCCUGCGUCAGGGCUUGUACAUAUGGUGGAGAUAUGCUCGCUCGUUCCAUGGCCCUGCCGUCGACGUGGAUAACACGUCCGAGGCCCGGCGCACUUUCCUGCGGCGCUUCUCCACCACCCAACUGCACGAGGUGAACGACAUGCGGCAGACCAUCCGGUCGGCGGUUCAGCAGAAAAUAUGUCCUUCCGUUACGCUAGUUCGCGGAUUCCGGGGAAAACUAGCUACCAAGGAAGAAGCUGCCCGCAUCGGCUGGGGCGAGCUUAGCGAGAACAGCGACAUUGUCGACACGGUGAUGAAGCUUCACCCAGCCAUCCUGCUUCAUCUGCUCGUGUAUCGACACCGGUAUGCAACAAGAGCGAGCAUGAUCCGUUUCAUCAGGCUUCGGCACCCAGGGAUCGAGGACGGGGACGUCGAGAGCUUCCGCGAGACCAUCUCGGACGUCCUGUUUGAGCGCGGGCUCUCUCUUUUCUGGCCAUUCCCGCGCCCCGGCUUUCCCGACACCUACGGCGGCGUUCUCGACCACGCAGAUGCCGAGUCCGAGGAGCUGCGCGCCGCUUACAGUACUGAUGGCGGCACGGGUGUGCAUGACUAUCCUCAGUGGCGGCGUGAGAUGGACGCGUCCAGGGAGGUGAGGUCGGCCAAGCUUGAACCAGCUUUGUAAGUUAGGUAGUACAGAAAGGGUGAGCUGAGGGAUGUCUGGCACUACUUGGACGGCCUUCCAUGCCUUCAAUCCUUAUCUUUAAGCCAGUCCACCCUUGGUAGUGUAGUCCACAUGUUCAUGUGCCUA